GCGCUCGACGACACGACACCCGAGAGGAACAGAACAGAACAGGGGGAGGAGAAAAGAAUCCACCGCGAGAGUGAGAGAGAAAAGAGAGAGAGAGAGAGAGAGAGUGAAGAAAGUGGAUGAAAACAUCUGAGUUGGACUCGCGGAGACUGACAACACACACACUACAUGUCAAACUGCUUUUACGAGCCUCGUAAACAAACUGACUAAACACUAUGCAGACACGCCUGGGCUACUGACUGACUACGGUUGACAUGAAGAGCGGAAGUAUAGAAGUCUGGCUGAGCGCUGAGCUGCCUCUUAUGUAAUAAGUGGAGAGAAGAGAAGUGGCAGUUUGUUGUUUUCCCCGCGUGCGCGUGUGUGUGUGUGUGUUAUGUCAGGACUGAGCCGUUCUGGCUCUAACGGGACAAAACGGGAAUUCCUUCCUGCUGUCGCUGUCUCGAGAAGUUUAUUUAUCCGGCGCGAGGACAAGCAGCGACCACGGCACGCGGUUGCGCGCCAACAGAACGACAGAAUUCCGAUUCGGAGGAGAAAGUGUAACCGAACCAAAGAUGUUCUUAAUUCUAAAAUAGAACUAGAACGUUCCUGAGUGAACGAACCGACAGGAUUCGUCGGGAGGAGAAAGUGAAGCGAAGCGACCUGAGAGGAGGACAAAGUAGUUUCAAGGCUAUUGCCCGAAGUGGAACUGAGAUUUCACCAACCGGAGACAAUCACGACGGAAAGUUGAACUCGAGAAGAGAAGAGUGUUUUGUUUUGUUUUUGUUUUGAUAGGAGACGGCCUGGAGAGUAGAGUCGAGUGCGUUUGCUUCUGGACACAUGUAUUUCCUCCUUCGGGAUUAAUACAUUUUUAUUCUCCUGGACUCUACUGUGUUUCCAUUUAAUGAGAGUAGAGUGUUCAUGCUACUGGACUGGACAUAUUCAUUUCCUUGAGGAUUGAUACAUUUCCCCUCUACUGUAGCCUACUGUAUGUCCCGUGUUGUUAACGCGUCUGGACUCGACUGGACUCGGUGUCCUCCUCUGCCCCCCACCACCCCCGGAGCAGAGCAGCGCUUACGGUAGAGGGGGCGAGUUGAAGCCCAACACGCUUCACUACAGCCGGCAUGAAGACCCAGGGAGACCCCGGCUUUGCGUUUCCCGACUGGGCGUACAAGGCGGAGUCGUCUCCGGGUUCGAGGCAGAUCCAGCUGUGGCACUUUAUACUGGAGCUGCUGAGGAAGGAAGAGUACCGUGAUGUCAUCGCCUGGCAGGGUGACUACGGGGAGUUUGUCAUUAAGGAUCCGGACGAGGUCGCGCGGCUUUGGGGAGCAAGGAAAUGCAAACCACAAAUGAACUACGACAAGCUAAGCAGAGCGCUCAGGUAUUACUACAACAAGAGGAUCCUCCACAAGACCAAGGGGAAGCGCUUCACCUACAAGUUCAACUUCAACAAGCUGGUGCUGGUCAACUACCCCUUCAUAGACAUGGGGCACGCAGGUGCCGCGGUCCCUCAGAGCGCCCCCCCGGUGCCCAGCGGUGGAGGGGGUGGGGGCCACUUCCGUUUCCCCGGCGACCUGGAGGGGGGCGGCGUCGAGAGGGAGAGGGGUGGUGGAGGUGGAGCUGGGGGGCGUCGCCUAGUCCGCAGCUCAGCAUCCGAAGGCAGCGAGGGGGGGCGAGACCGAGAUCGCGACACACGAGAAGCACUACUGUCUGACCUCGAGGAGGGGGGAGGAGGCGAGAGGAGCGACAGAGGAGGAGGAGGAGGAGGGGGGCAGGAGAGGCCCCGAGGGGGCGUAGCUCACCAGCGUCUCCCGCACGAGGCCGCCUACCGGCCGUACCCCCACCAACGCCCCCCAGGGGGUCAUCAGGAGCCCCCGUCCCCCUCCCCCCACUCCUCACACCUGCCCUUUAGCCCCUCCUCCCACCUGGCCUCCUAUAGCCCCUCCCCCUCCCUCUCCCCUCUGCUAAGCUCCGCCUUCUCCUUCUCCUCGGAGGACAUGUCUCGCUACCUGGCGGCACACGCCCACUCCGUGUUGACCUAUCACCUGUCUCCGCGCGCCUUCCUGCACCACCCCUCUCUGCUGGCCCCGCCCCCAGGACACGGACACGCCCCCGCCACGCUGCCGCACACACACGCGCACGCCGCGCACGGCACACACGCGGCGCAGCACGCAUCCGGGUCCGGGUCGGCUCCUAACUCGGGAUCGUCGGGUUCGCACCCGGACCGGGCGCACCACCACCCCCUGGUGGCGCCAUCGAAGUUCAAACUGCAGCCGCCACCCCUGGGCAGGAAGGGGCGGGACUUACAGAGCCGUCAAUCAUCACUAUGCUCCUCCGGAUUGGGCAGCUCACUCGGCUCCUCCUCACUAGGCUCCUCCCUCUCCUUCGGCAGUGAUCUGAGCUCCGCCUCCGGGUCGGGCCUGGUGUCCCAGUCGUCGUCAACGGGCUCCUUAAAUAGCGCCGGGCUGCCCAAGAUCAAGGUGGAGCCGAUCUCGGACAUCGAGUCGGAGGACGAGGUGUGUGUGACGGACAUGAGUGAGGAGGAGGAGGACGAGGAGGAAGAGGACCUGAAGGAGAACUUCAAGCCCCCCGGAGAGGACCUGAAGGGAGACUUCAAGCCGUUCCACCCGUCGCUACGGCUACACCUUCAUCAUCACCACCACCACCAUCAUCCUCAUCCUCACCAUCCUCCGCAGCGCAGCGCACACCCGCACCCCCACCCAAGGAGGCUCACGAGGAGCCAGCGGGCCUGA